AUUCAUUGAAUGUCCUUGUCUUUAUACAGUCUUUACCUCUUCUACAUACAUCCCCUGCUCUUCCAGCCAACAAGAAACCAAGUGAUAAGACCAACUUGAGUUCAUCCAUAUUUUGCACCAGGCUAUUUCCAAGGUUUAAUCUGUAAUUUCAGGUUGUCAAGUGAAGUUAUGGUGAGUCCAAUUGUUGGAAUGGCAACUGAUGAGAUAAGGCCGCCAUGGUUGAAACCACUGCUAAAAGCUAAUUACUUUGUUCCCUGCCCGUCUCAUGGCGUCUCGGGCAAAAGUGAAUGCAAUCUGUACUGUUUGGAUUGCAUGGGAAAUGCCCUGUGUUCUUACUGUUUAGUUCAUCACAAAGAUCACCAUGUUAUUCAGAUAAGGAGGUCUUCGUACCAUAAUGUGGUGAGAGUGAGUGAAAUUCAGAAAUACAUAGACAUAGCUUGUGUUCAAACAUAUAUCAUCAACAGUGCCAAGAUUGUGUUUCUGAAUGAGCGUCCACAGCCCAGGCCUGGAAAAGGGGUUACCAAUACUUGUGAAAUUUGCGGAAGGAGUCUCCUUGACACUUUCAGAUUCUGUUCUCUUGGUUGCAAGCUUGGGGCCAUUAUGCGGGGUGAACCAGAGCUCACAUUCACACCGAAGUUGAAACACAGUCGAGAUGGACUUUAUGGAUCCGACUCCGAUGAGCCAACAACCCCAAGAAAGAUCCGCAAAAACAAUGGCUUUAGUCGUUUCAUUGAUUCCCCAGUGUUUCCUACUGUUUUUCAGCAUUUCCAUAAUGGAGGUUUCGACAAAUUCCAUGGCUCUACUUCAGGAGAUGAUGAGCAAACUAGUCACAGUAUCUCCCCCGGAACACCCCCAAUAUUCAAUCAUCACAGUUCUAGUAGGAGAAAGGGCAUUCCGCAUCGUGCCCCUUUUUGAUAAUGUCAAGGCUCUUCCAUCAUCCAUCUUGCCCAUUGUGGAGCGAGUGAUGUGAACAGGGACCAAAGGUUAGAAACAAAACAGCGGCUUCAAUGAAUAAUCCAAAAUGAAGAAUCUGUAAUGUACAUAUACAUGUAACUGGCUUUUGUUAGUAUCUGGUGUACAUAUAAUCAUGCAAGACAAGUAGUUUAAGCUUUUGGCUUUAUAGAAAGGGAGGAACGACCUUUGUCUAUGUUCCUUAUACAAAGUAGAUACUAUGCAUAGUGGAGGUGGAAUAUAUACUUGUAAAUUUUAUAAUAAUGUUGAAAGUUUGUGUGUGUA